AUCAAAUUGAUUUUUAAAGCAGUUUUGAAAUCCGAGUUUCUUCUUCUUUGAUCUUCUCAUCAGUGUUUGAGCCGUGACAGUUUCUUCAAUUAAGCCUGUACUCGACGUCUACCAGAGAAUGGAGAAGAGAGUACCAUUAUCCGCUAAGAACACUGGGAUCCCCAAGCCCUCUCGUCUCCCUCAGCCAGCCACUGUGGGUAGAAAGAGACCACUCUCUCAAGUUGAGCAGUCAUCAAACGGCAAAGAGAAUGGUCCGGCUGUAAAACGAGCCAAGACUUUCUCCUCUACCACUAAACCUGUCACUAAACCUGCCAAAGUCAUCACUAAGCCACCCGUAAAGACCACUACAUUCAAAUCAACAGCUGUAAGGAGUAGUACCAGAGCAACUAAAGCUCCACUAAAAGCACCCGUUACCAAGUGCACUGUUUCCAAUACCAAAACAUCCUCUGCUGCUACUAGUGGGAAAGCUCCUAAGAGACCAGCAUGGGACUUGAAAGGACAACUACAGGUUUCCUUGCAGGACAUGGCUGCUGACCAUAAGUCAUCAGUGUCCACUAUUGAUACUCUGCGCAAUCAGUUAGAUAGUUUUGCCGGACGUCUGGGCGAGCUGGAGCGACUUAAAGAGACCCAGGAGACCACCAUCCAGGCCAAGGAAGAGGAGAAGACUGUCGCACACUCACAGAUCAAGGAACUGGAGGAGACGAUAUCGGCUACCAAGCGAGAUCUAGAGAGUAUGGAGCGAUCAAAGGCAGCCAUUGAGUGCAGAGCGAGUGAACUAGAUGCCAGUCUGUCUCUGAGUCGUACUGAGGUAGCUAGUCUGAGGACAGCACUCUCCCAGACAAUGGCCAACAUGUCCGCAGUGCAGAGCGAACUGGAGGCAACAAAGGUGGCUCGAGAUUGUGCAGUAUCUGAUGGCGUGCGCAAAGCUGCCACUAUCUCGUCACUUGAGCAGAAUGUAAUCGAGCUCCAGUGCCUUGUCGGUGAUUAUCAGGGACGGAUAAGAGAGGACGAGAUGACUAGAAGAGCUCUCCAUAACAGGAUACAGGAACUCAAAGGCAACAUCCGUGUGUUUUGUCGAGUGCGUCCGCUCCUCCCCACUGACGCUGGCUAUCUCAUCGAUGAUGCCGGUCGGGAGUCCUCUACAUCCGGAGGUUCCUCCAGGGGCUCCAAGAAUGGAGGGCAGUCGUCCACGUCUGUGCUAGGCCUCACAUACCCUGACUCAAACAAUGACCAGAAGAAGCUCUCGAUUGAGCUCUCAUCUCAAGAUAAGGCUAAAAAGAACUACGAGUUUACGUUUGACAGAGUGUUUGGCCCUAACAGUAGCCAGCAGUUUGUCUUUUCUGAGAUAUCACAGCUAGUGCAGAGCGCUUUGGACGGCUACAAUGUCUGCAUUUUUGCUUAUGGUCAAACUGGCUCUGGGAAGACAUUCACUAUGGAGGGUCCGGAGGAGAGAGUGUUGCUGGAGAGUGAGGGGGACAUGAAGGGCAUGAUCCCACGAGCAGUCGAUCAAGUGUUCUCAUCAGCUCUUCAACUCAGGGAGCAGGGAUGGGAGUACAAGAUGGAGGCCAUGUUCCUUGAGAUCUAUAAUGAGAGUCUUCGUGACCUCCUGUCCAGCACUACUCAGACAAUAGACAUCAAGAAGGACCCACAACACGCAGGGGAGGUCUAUGUCACCAAUGUCACUCCCUCUGUUGUCACCUCCCAAAAGCAGGUACAGAAAUUGCUUGAGCGUGCCUCCAAGAACAGGGCUGUGGCAUCCACUCAGUGCAACGAGAGGUCGUCCAGGAGCCACUCUGUCUUCAUUCUAACUAUCACAGGCAGGAAUGAAGCAACUAAAGAGAGCUGUCGUGGAAUACUGAACCUGGUGGACCUGGCCGGCUCUGAGCGGCUGUCACAGUCUGGCUCUGCUGGAGAUAGGCUCAAGGAGACCAAGAGCAUCAACAAGAGCCUGAGCAACCUGGGCUCUGUGAUCAUGGCCCUGGCCAACAAGGAGUCGCACAUUCCGUAUAGAAACUCCAAACUCACCUAUCUCUUGCAAAACUCUCUAGGAGGAAACAGCAAGACGCUCAUGUUUGUGAAUGUCUCCCCCCAAGCUGAGUCAUACCAGGAGACACUGUGUUCCCUGCGUUUUGCCACAACUGUGAACCAAUGCAAUAUUGGGACAGCAAAGAAAUCGUCAAAAUAAAACUUAAUUAUACGUGUAUACCUUAUGUUCACGUUCAUACUAUUUUUUGUGAACUAUUUACCCAUACAUGCCAUGCCAUUCACAUAACGUUUUUGUACACUUGUUCCUCAAUCAUGUUCUAUUUAUAUGAACUUGAUGAAUGACUUGAA